AUGCGACGAGGUGUUGGUUUUGGUGGAAUUAAUAAACAAUUAUUGGAAAAAGAGAAAUUUAGUGAAAAAGGUUCAGAACUUGCACGAGAACAUCUAGAAAAGCUUGUUAAACAAUUUGAAAUUUUUCGUGAUAAUUUGGAAAAAUUUGCUGAAAAACAUAAGAAUGAAAUAAAAAAAGAUGUUACAUUUCGACGACAAUUUCAAGAUAUGUCUGCAACAGUUGAUGUUGAUCCGCUUGCUUUUCUUGGUCUUGGUGAUUUUUAUUAUGAAUUAGCUGUUCAAAUAGUCGAAGUUUAUGUUGCAACAAGUGUACAAAAUGUCAAUGAUCAAGGAUGUGUACUUAUACAAUGUAUACCAGAUGAAUUAAUCAUGAAUCAUACAGCUAUAUUAAAUUUACUUCAAACACGUUCAAGUUUUACAGUUAAACAAUUACGUGAUCAAUUUAAAUGGUCAGAUGAUCGAAUACAAACUGCGAUUAAUUUUAUGAUUAAAGAAGGUCUUGUUUGGGUUGAUAAUAAUGGACGAGAUACAGAUUAUUCUUUAUCCCGGUUUAUUUACUGCACAAUGUAUUAUAGAUGGAGAACGUGUUUAAUUAUGUUUAUAGAAUUUUUUUUUCAAUUUCAGAUGACUGAACAUCAGCAUACAAGUGAUAAUCGACAUCAUUUAGCUAUAUGGUGUCGAGCAGAAAUAUUUACACUUGGUGUAUUAACAACACCAUCAGAUAUAACACCUGCUAUAAAUUGUUUUUUGAAAAAAUUAAAUUAUUGCGAUUCAUUUCUAUUCUUAUCCUAG